AUGCUGUUAAAACACCCCAAUAUUGUUGGACUCAAAGAUCUUGUGAUACAGGGCCCUUAUUUUUAUAUUCUUAUGGACUAUGUUGGAGGUGGUCAAUUACUUCAUUACAUCGUUAAACGACAGCGAUUAUCCGAUCGACGCACUCGUCUGUUCACUCGGCAGAUCGUCAGCGCCCUUGAUUACUUACACCGUAAUUCAAUUGUUCACCGAGAUCUCAAGAUUGAAAAUAUUAUGAUUGACAAGUCUGGCCGACAGAUCAAAAUCAUCGAUUUUGGUUUAUCAAACCUCUUUUGUCCUGAAAGGCUCCUUACCACCUAUUGUGGAUCACUUUAUUUUGCUGCCCCUGAACUAUUAAGGGCAAAUCCUUAUCGCGGUCCCGAAGUCGAUAUUUGGAGUUUGGGUGUUGUUAUCUAUGUUAUGGCGACUGGAGCUGUUCCCUUUGACGAUAAAUCCAUGCCCGGAUUACAUGAAAAGAUCAAAAAGGGACAUGUAACCUAUCCAAGUCACAUGAGCGAAGAGUGUAAGGACUUGCUCUCAAAAAUAUUCAUCACCGAUCCAUCCAAGCGUAUCAUCAUGACAGACAUCAUCCAUCAUCCAUGGCUCAAUAAAGAUGCAGCUCCUAUCAAGAACCAUAUGCCUCUUCGAAAGCCACUGACCCUUCCACUUGACCCAAAGGUGAUUGAAAGGAUGUCCCAAGGAUUUCAAUUAGGCACGACAGAGGAUAUCGAACAGAAAUUGACCUUGAUCAUCCUGUCUCCAGUCUAUAAAAAUGCCCUACAA